AUGCGUAAUCCAUUGUGACGCCUUUCCCUGCCCCUCCAGGUCGUUAGCCGGCGCCAUUUUGUCGUUGAGAGCUGUUUUCGUCGUUGUUUGGCGAGAGAAAGGUCGUCAGCGGCGGAUUGCGGUUGUUUUGCGGAGCGGCGUCGCCUUCCCAAAGCAGCAAUGCGGUACUCGAAACGAACCGACUAUUCUAACUGGGAUGACAAACAAUGUUUGGAUCCCCAAAAAGGUAGCAGCCAUCAUAAGAGAAAAAGAAAAUCAUACAGCAGCGCAUAUGAGAGCAAGCGCUACAAGUAUGAGGACACUCAAACAAACGAUAGCCUUUGUUCAGAUGCCACCUCCUUCCAUGAAAGAGAUCCCUAUGAACGUCGCUAUGUUGAAGAAUACAGGAACAAUUACAGUCAGCUGUCUGAAACCAGGCACCAUUGCAAAGACCAUGAAAAUGGUCACCACCACAGUAGCAAGUCAUCAGGGCGUAGUGGCAGAAGCAGUUACAAAAGAAAACACAGGACUCAUCAUAGUAACUCACAUCAUUCACACACGAGGAGUCACCGAAGAAAAAGAUCGAGGAGUGUAGAGGAUGAUGAGGAGGGUCACCUGAUCUGUCAGAGUGGAGACGUACUAAGUGCAAGAUAUGAAAUUAUCUCCAUCUUGGGUGAAGGUGCUUUUGGAAAAGUAGUGGAAUGCAUUGAUCACAAAGCGUGUGGUAGACAUGUGGCAGUAAAAAUAGUAAAGAAUGUUGAUAGAUAUUCUGAAGCAGCUCGUUCAGAAAUAAAAGUAUUGGAGCACUUAAAAGCAACAGAUCCUAAUAACAAAUUUCGCUGUGUCCAGAUGUUGGAAUGGUUUGAAUAUCAUGGUCAUGUUUGCAUUGUGUUUGAACUUCUGGGACUUAGUACCUAUGAUUUCAUUAAAGAAAACAGUUUUCAGCCAUUCAGUUUGGAUCACAUCAGAAAAAUGGCAUACCAGAUUUGUAAAUCUGUAAACUUUCUGCAUUCACAUAAACUAACUCACACGGAUCUGAAGCCUGAAAACAUAUUAUUUGUGGAGUCUGACUACAUAGAAGAAUAUAAUCACAAAUUGAAACGAGAUCAACGCACAUUGAAAAAUCCAGAUAUUAAAGUUGUAGAUUUUGGGAGUGCAACAUAUGACUAUGAACAUCACAGUACUCUUGUGUCUACAAGGCAUUACAGAGCUCCUGAAGUUAUUUUGGCUUUGGGAUGGUCACAGCCAUGUGAUGUGUGGAGUAUUGGUUGCAUUCUUAUUGAGUAUUACCUUGGAUUCACAGUAUUUCCGACACAUGACAGCAAAGAACAUUUGGCAAUGAUGCAAAAGAUACUGGGACCAUUACCUAUUCACAUGGUUCAGAAAAGCAGAAAACGCAAGUACUUCCACCAUGACCAGUUGGAUUGGGAUGAGCAUAGUUCUGCUGGCAGAUAUGUAUCACGGCGUUGUAAACCACUGAAGGAAUUCAUGCAGUGCCAUGAUGCUGACCAUGAAAAGCUGUUUGAUCUCAUUCAGAAAAUGUUGGAGUAUGACCCUGCCAAAAGAAUUACACUUGCAGAAGCAUUAAAACACCCUUUCUUUUCCCCAUUAAAAGGGAAGAUGUAAAUAGCUACAAUUUUGUAGGUUGAUAUAUGACUGUGUCAGUCAAUAAAAGCAAUUAACAUGUUUAAAUAUUUAUUUUGUAAUUAGCUCUGUAGAUUUCUUUUCAUACUGUUGUGUUCAGUCCAUUGAUCUAGCUCUUGAAAUAAAAAAAUGGACAGCACAGUUUGUUAAUAUUUUGAUAAAUCCCAUCUUUUCAUUCUGAUAUUCUGUACAAAGACAACUGCUCUAGGCUUUAAUGUUAUUCUCCUUUUUUAAAUAAAUUGUGACCAUGAAUA